UUUAACUUAUCCCGCAGUUCAAGGACUUCGAAACAUCAGAGACUGUUGCAGCGAUUGAUUUAUGGUUUAUUGCGCGGUGCUCGGCGGGGAGGCCGCGCCGCCGCCGCCGUGCACACGGCCAGAGAUUUGCGGGUGCGGCAAGGCUCGGGCUGCGCCGACGAGGGCGGGCCGGGAGGCGUCGAAGGCCGAGGAAGCACCGACGGCCUAUCGCGGGCCUUCCUACCAGCAGCCCUGCCUCUGUCCGGGUGCGCCACCGAGAGGGUUCGGGUGCAACGGAGAGGGCGAGCCAGGAAGAGCAGAAGCAGAAAAAGCGCCGUGAACAUACACUGUCGGCGCUCCGCGCGGAUCUCCUGGAUCCGCGCUGGACCCCCCUCCCUGGCAGGGAAGACGGCCUGCGAGAGAUCAGCACCCAGAGCCUCGGCCCUCCCGCUGGGGCCGCGGGAGCCCAGCCCUUGGGUGGAGCCCCCGCCCCAGCCAGGGGCCCCGAGGAGAGCCAGGGGCGUCAGGACGCCGCUGGGUAAGCACCCGUGGCCAUGGCAGAAUGACAUCCGGGUCUGCCCGGCGCGCCACGCGCGCACCAGGACGGACGGCACGAGGAGGACGCGCACCAGAGACGUGAGCGAAGGAGGAGGGGAGGAGAAGGGGGGAGCCCGCGAACCACCAGGUGAAACGGCACAUCCUCCUUAUUGGGCACCAGGGGGCCCGAAAAAGAAAAAGGCCCCCUGGGCGGAGGCGUCGGGUCGGCCAAGGGCAGAACGGCGGCCCAACUACAGACUGGUAUUUAAAUUGAGGGAGCACAGGCCACCUGCGACCGCAGGCGCCGUGCAGCGCUCGCGGAGCGGGCGGGGCAGUCCAGGCGCCCGACAGGGAGACACGGAACCUGCCAACGCGAAACGAUUAUUACAAAGGCGAGGCGCCAAGAAUGGCAGCAGAAGCUCUUGAGGCAGACGAAAAUGAAACAUCGACAGAGUAUCCUGAGACUCGUCCCUCGUGUCUGC